AUGCCAACGCUCACUCCCGUGCCGACUCUACCUUGGAAUUAUAUAGCAAAACUGGUGUGCAUCGGCGACUCGGCUACUGGCAAAUCAAGUUUGACGGUUCGGCUUUGCGAGGGCCGAUUCUCUGCCUCUCAUGAUGUUACAAUCGGAGUAGAGUUCGGUUCCAGAAUAGUCCCCGUCGGUCCUCCUGCAAAUACUUCACUGGGAAUUGGGUCGCCGAAUGGCCGUUCCAACAAUGCCGCCAAUGGCGAACAGAAAAAGAUGAAGCUAUCGUUAUGGGAUACUGCGGGACAGGAAACAUACAAAAGCAUUACAAGGAGCUACUUCAGAGGCGCCUCGGGAGCUCUCUUGGUCUUUGACAUCACACGAAGAAGCAGCUUCGAAUCUGUUACUUCAUGGUUGAAUGACCUAAGGCAAAUUGCCGAGGAGGGCAUUGUGGUGAUCCUGGUGGGUAAUAAAUCCGACCUGGCGGCGCAAAGUACAGAUGUCGAAGGAGGUAGUAAACGCGCUGUGACACGAGAAGAAGCCGAGGACUGGUGCAGGAGAGAAAACAUUGUGCAGUACGUGGAAACCAGUGCCAAAAGCGGCGAAGGAGUCGAGCGGGCCUUUUUGGAAGUCGCCGAGAGAAUAUACCAGAACAUCGAGGCGGGCAAAUACGACUUGAACGAUCGAAGAAGUGGCGUCAAAGGUUAUGGAACUACAGGGAGGGAAGAAGGCAAGGCGCCGAAGACUGUCAACCUGACCAUGAAUGAUGCUGUCAAAAGUGGACAAGGCAGGAACAAUUGUUGUUGA